CAUCCGGGUACUUGGCCCACAACUCCACGACGAAAUAAGCAAUGUUCGGACUUUCCGAGAAAAGAAGACCUUUUAAAAUCAGAAGGAUUGAAGACAACAAAAAGCACGGCGUUGCAGCCAAAGACGUCAAGGAAUUGCUUAAAAAAGGUUGCAAGUUAUUAGAGUUGCCACUUUCAGGUGCGCAUGUUUGUUUGUAUUCAGACGGGACAAAAGUGACAGAAGAAUACUUUGCAACUUUGCCUGACAACACAGAACUUGUUCUCCUCAGCACGGAGCAGACAUGGGGUGGAGCUGUGUGCGACAUUGCUCAUUUACUGAGAUCAGACCAACACGCCAUCAGCCUCAUUGAAGCGGCGAAGGGCCUCCUCCAUGAUGAGAAGUCUGCCAAGAGACGGAAAAUCCUAUGUGACCUUCUGCACAACCUGGAGGACAGAUCUGAGCUGGAGAGCAGAGAGGAGGAUGAAGAAUGGUUUACAGGUGUCGAGGCUCGAUUCAAGACCAAGUCUGCCUACAUGAUGUACAACUGUGAAAGCAGGAUAAGAAGCUACAUGAAAGACCUAGAUGAAGCCACAAAAGCCGUGCAGAAAGUUAAAGUUCGGGAAGAGUGCGUACAAGCCUCUAAGAGCCUCUCAGUGAUGCUCAAGUCGGACAAAUACAACUGCUGCUACUUUGACCGCUCUCAAAAGGAUAAAGAUCGCCUCUGUACAAGGGAAGGAUGGUUUACCUGCCAGGGCUCCUUUGACCAGCCAAAGUGUGCGUCGCUCCACUCCAUCAAUCCCUACGGCAGCAGAGAGAGCCGCAUCGUGUUCAGCACUUGGAAUCUGGAUCACAGGAUUGAAAAGAAGAGGACCAUCAUUCCCGCCCUUAUGGAGGCACUCCAGAAUCACAAAAGCGAGGACAUCAAUUUGACUUACUUCUACCGCCUGCUGUUCACUCGGGAUAACCUCAAGCUGGUCCACAUUGUGUGCCACAAGAAGGGAGCCCACAAUCUGCUGUGUGACCCAAACAAGAUCUUCAAAAAAGACAACAGAAAGCACCACAGCAAGAAGAUACGUUUGAAAUGAUUUUAACUUUUUUUUCUUUUCCUU